UGUAUUUAUAUAUACAUAACAAAUAUACACAGUACACACACUGUAUUAUGUAAACAAAAACUUUUAUUUUGGAUUAAUCGUAAUUAAUCGUUUGGCAGCCAUAAAUAUAUAUAUAUAUAUAUAUAUAUAUAUAUAUAGCCAGUGGGUGUCCAGGUUGUCCUAAUCAUACUCAAAAAAAUUGUUGAACAAUGUGAAAUUGUGUAAGAAGCAUACAAUGAAAAAUUAAUAUUCUGCCAUUAUUUACUCACCCUCAUGUCAUCCUAAACCUGUGAAUUGUUUUUUUGUCCAUACAAUGAAAGUCAGUGGUUUUCAAUUAGUGUUGUUUUGGACCCCAUUGACUUUCAUCACAUGGACAAAACAUAAUUGAGACAUUUGUCAAUAUAUCAUUUCAAAUUUUGGGGGUCAUCAAGAUCUUUAUUUAUUUUUUAAUAAAUUUAAAUAUUCUUAUUCUGCAAGGAUGCAUCAUGGGACACUGAAGACUGGUGUAAUGAUGCUGAAAAUUCAGCCUUACGAUCACAGAAAUAAAUUACAUUUUAAAAUAUACUCAAAGAGAUUUUCUAUUGUACAUAGUAUUACUGUUUUUACUGCAUUUUUCAUCAAAUACAUUCAUCUCCCAUCACCCCAAAUUUUUCAUGGGUAGGGUUGUAACAGGGCUGACGAGAUGUGAGACGUGCGGAUCCAAGUGCAAGCUUUUAUUUACAGGCAUGGUCAUAAAUACAGGCAGGGUCGAGCAAUGGCAAACAGGUAUGGCAGGGACAAGACAAAGAGUAAACAAAGACGAGCCUGGGUCAACGAUCGGCGAACAGUAUCCAAAGGGGCUAGACAAGGGAGGUAAUCCAAAACGUAAACGAUAGUCCAGGCAGGGGAAAACACAAUCCUACAAAUGACUAGACUAGACUAGACUAGACUAGACUAGUCUAUAGACUAGACUAGGGAAACUAACAGGGGCUCUGUAGGGCAGCGAUAAAUGCAUACAAUACUCGGCAGUGAGGAAAAGAAAGUCCAGGGUUUAAAUAAGACAUGUAAUCAGUGCAAUGUGUAAUCUGUGACAGCUGUGUGUGAUCAAUGCCAUGAGCUGUGUGCCCGUGAGCAGGUGAGCGUGUGAUUAGUGAGAUGGCUGAUGGGAAAUGCAGUCCAUUGUGAUGUGUGGUGUGAAAGUCAAUAUGAUGGCAGGCCGACAGAAGGGCAGGCCCAGGAUUCGUAACAAGGGUAUUCUUUUAUAUUCCACAGAAGAGAGUCAUGCAGGUUUGGAACAAUAUGAGGCAACACCUCAAGAUGCAGCCAACAAAUGGACUGAGCAGCGCUGUCACUGGAAAUCACCUUUAACAGAGGAAACAGGAAAGAACAGACAAAGAUAUCGCUUUCCAUUCUAACUAAUGAUUUAUUGUGAAUAUGAGGUUGAGGCUGAAGAAUGAAUGCUGUAACAGAUGGAGAGGGUCACUUGCCCCAGCCGCUCAUUUCCCCUCAGGAUGGAUCGUGAAGAUGAGGAGGAUUGUGUUUUGCUCAGAGGUUAAUACUUUGAGGCAGUAAUCUUUGAGUUUAUGACUGAAGAAAGCGUACUGCUCUCCCACAGGCAGCUGACUGGAGCCAUACGCAAUAUAAAUAAACACCAGUCACAUAGUGGACUUUGUAUACAGGGAAAACUUACUGACCUGAGGGCAAAUGCACCUACAAGAGCCACUUUGUUCCUCAUCUUUUGGGUUCAUGGUUUGGAAUUAAGGUCAUAAAAUAAGAUGUUCCAAAUGAGACAAUAUCUUACUGUCCUUCUCCUGGCUGGAGCCGUGAAGUCACAGGUCAACCCAGCUGUGUGUAGGUACCCACUGGGGAUGACUGGAGGCCAAAUUCAGGAUGAAGAUAUUUCUGCUUCCAGCCAGUGGUCAGAGUCCACCGCAGCUCGAUAUGGCAGAUUGGAUUUUGAUGAUGGAGAUGGAGCGUGGUGUCCAGAUGUCAUGGUUGAACCAGUCAAUCUAAAGGAAUUUCUGCAGAUUGACCUUCGCACCCUCCAUUUUGUCACUCUUGUUGGCACGCAGGGAAGGCACGCAGAUGGAGUGGGCAAUGAGUUUGCCCAGCGAUACAAGGUUAAAUACAGCCGGGAUGGCACACGCUGGGUCUCCUGGCGUGAUCGGCAAGGUCGACAGAUCAUUGAAGGGAACAGUAACGCCUAUGAUGUUGUGCUUAAGGACCUGGAACCUCCCAUUAUUGCUCGUUUUGUGCGUUUCAUGCCUGUGACUGACCCCUCUAUGAUUGUGUGUAUGAGGGUGGAGCUCUACGGCUGUGAAUGGCUCGAUGGUCUUGUGUCCUACAGCGCCCCUGCUGGCCAGCAGAUGUUUUUCAGAGGUCAACAAAUCUUCUUAAAUGAUACUGUGUAUGAUGGAGCCAUUAGUUACAGCAUGACAGAAGGCCUUGGACAGCUCACUGAUGGAAGCUGGGGUUUAGAUGACUUCACCAAAAGCCAGGUGUAUGGGGUCUGGCCUGGCUAUGACUAUGUGGGCUGGACCAAUGCUAGUUUCCCUGGUGGCUUGGUGGAGAUGACAUUUGAAUUUGAUCGUGUCAGAAAUUUCACUUCAAUGAAGGUCCACUGUAACAACAUGUACACAUGGGGAGUAAAAAUGUUCCGACAGGCCGUUUGUUACUUCCGUUCGGAUUCAGACUGGGAGCCCAAUCCUGUGGUUUUCAAGCUGAAAGCAGACAACAUCAGUCCAAGUGCUCGGUUUGUCACAGUUGCCCUUGGCAACCGCAUGGCCAGCGCAAUUAGGUGCCGUUUUGCAUUCAAUGACAUCUGGAUGAUGUUCAGUGAAAUUGCUUUCCAGUCAGAUACAGCAGUGUACAACACCUCUCUUGUUCCUCGUAAACGUAAUCAAACUCCAGGGAAUCACCCAGGCGAUGAUCCCACCCACAAAAUUGAUGACAGCAAUACAAGGAUCCUAAUAGGCUGUUUGGUGGCCAUUAUUGUCAUUCUGUUGGCCAUCAUAAUAAUCAUACUGUGGCGACAGGUCUGGCAGAAGAUGAUUGAGAAGGCCUCUCGGCGUAUGCUGGAUGAUGAGCUGACCGUGCGUCUUUCUGUUCAGAGAGAGGCCUUCACCCACCGUCACUCCUCUCUGUCCAGCGAUGUUGAAUCCACUUCCACAUAUGAACGAAUUUUCCCCAUGGAAUCUGACUAUCAGGAACCAUCACGACUUUUACGGAAACUACCAGAAUUCCAGGCUACGGAAAACUUAGCAAUGAUCGAUGCCCCUUCCGAACCCUCUACGGCCCACCCUACAGAUGAGGCCCCACACUACGCAGAGGCAGACAUCGUGAGCCAGCAGGAAGCCGCUGGUGCCCACAGUUACCGCGUCACGGUGGUCAACAUGCCCUUAUCUCCAGGAAGAGACGGAGCUCUGGAGGAGUUUCCGAGGGAGAGACUGACUUUCAAAGAAAAACUUGGAGAAGGACAGUUUGGAGAAGUUCAUCUGUGUGAAGCUGAGGGAAUGCAGGAGUUCAUGAAGGACCAUUGUGGCGACAUCAGCGAUGAGCCAAUGCUCGUAGCAGUCAAGACGCUAAGAGAGGACGCAAACAAAAAUGCAAGGAACGACUUCUUGAAAGAGAUCAGGAUCAUCUCACGAUUAAGAGACCCAAACAUCAUUCGCCUGUUGGCGGUGUGCGUUGAGAGCGAUCCGCUGUGCAUGAUCACGGAGUACAUGGAGAACGGAGACCUCAAUCAGUUCCUGUCCCGCCAUGAGCUGCAGGACGAAGGAGUUCCGGCUGACGACUCAGCUACUAUCAGCUACAGAAUACUGAUCCACAUGGCCUCUCAGAUUUCCUCGGGAAUGAAGUAUCUGUCCUCCCUGAAUUUUGUUCACCGUGAUCUCGCUACACGCAACUGUUUAGUGGGCACAAAUAACACCAUCAAGAUUGCCGACUUCGGCAUGAGCCGGAACCUGUAUCGUGGAGAUUACUACCGCAUACAGGGACGAGCAGUGCUCCCCAUCCGCUGGAUGUCUUGGGAAAGCAUCCUUCUGGGUAAGUUCACCAUGGCCAGUGACAUGUGGGCAUUCGGAGUGACCCUGUGGGAGAUUCUGACCCUGUGUAAAGAGCAGCCGUAUGCCCAGUUCACAGAUGAACAGGUGAUCGAAAACACGGGCGAAUUUUUUAGAGACCAAAACAAACAGGUCUAUCUGCCGAAGCCGCACUGCUGUCCUGAUUCAGUGUACAGCCUCAUGCUCAGCUGCUGGAAGAGAAAUGCCAAAGAAAGACCCACGUUCCUGGAGAUCCACAGCACCCUGAUGGAAUACCAUGACUAAUUCCAUGCUGAUGUACAGAGCAGCUUUUCCCCCCACACACAUUCAGCAAUUCCCAGACAUGUAAGGGAAGCCCAGCUAAAUGUAAUAGCAAUAUCCUUCUUUUUCAGUGUAGAUUAAAAAUAAGAAAAUCAUAAAUGUUGACCUAUAUAAAUAUGAAUAUUAUGUUCUAAAAAUUAAA